UGAAGGAACAACAAACUCCGUUCUGCGGCAUUCUCGAGACAUGAGUGCUGUCGAUGCAGACUUCCACAAGUACGACCUGGCGCGUCUGCAGGCGGAACUCAGACAGGAAAAAGAAAUGAAGGACAUGCUGGAGGAGUCUGUCUCCGACCUGAGGGGCACAAUGCGGGAGCUGCAGGAGAGACUGCAUAGUGUCGAUGGAGAAGGUAACGAGUGGAAAACCAGAUACGAGACCCAGAUAGAGUUGAACGGACAGCUGCAGAGACAGAUCUCAAUGGUGCACGACAAACUGGAGGAUUUACGAGGAAACCCAAUGGAUCGAUUGGCCUCUGUUAGAUCCUACGAAGACAUGCCAUCAGAUGCACUGCAGCAACGCUUGAAGCUUCUGACCAAUGAGAAGGCCGAGCUCCAAAGCCACCUGAUGGACUGUCGUGUUGGCAUCGAAGAAGAAGGGAAGGCGUUUCACAGGACCAACGAUGAGAGACGCGCGUAUCUUUCAGAGAUCGCCAAGCUGUCCUCCACUCUGGAAGCGAACAGGAGGGUUCAGUACCCCAACCAGCCACGGGGGGCACCAGAGAGCCAGCAGAAGAAGUCCAUAAGAGAGAAGCAGGCCAGCAGGAGGGCAGACACUGAGUCCAAGGGAGGAGGAGGAGGAGCACCGAAGCCUUCCUUCCGUGGCUCCGCUCGUCUACUUAGCAACCACUCUUCCAACCCAACGCCACCCACCGACUGCCGCGGCUCCGUGGGCGUGAAGAAACGAGAGUCCACAGAGUGCCUCUAA